UAAAUGACUCUACAUCAUAGUUUCUAGAGAGAGAGAGAGAGAGAGAGAGAGAGAGCAAUACUUUUAAACUGCUUCCUCUCUUUCUUUGUUUCUUCGCCGAAAAUGGCUUCCUUCUUCAUUACUACCACUACUAGUACUACUAUAUCAUCCCAAUACUCCAUUAAAUUCCUACUACUACUACGAGUUUUCUCUUCAAUUUCACCACUGAAGAUCAAUUUCCUCAAUCAAGAUUGCACAGCUGAUGGGAAGCAGUAGUUCAAAAGGGACGAGCCGGAGGCAAUUUUCAUCAUCUGGUUCGUCUUCGUUCAAUCAGCGUGAGUACCAGCAACCUGCAUACCCUCAGCAGAACCCUUAUUAUACUCCUCAGCAUCACCAUGCCCCAGCACCUUAUAAUUAUGGAGCUCAAACCCCUCAGCGACAGAGGAAGUUGGAUAGAAGAUAUUCAAGGAUAGCUGAUAAUUACCAGACACUGGAACAGGUUACUGAUGCACUUGCCCAGGCUGGACUAGAGUCCUCCAAUCUCAUUGUUGGUAUUGAUUUCACAAAGAGCAACGAGUGGACAGGUUCGCGGUCAUUCAACAGGCGAAGCUUACAUCACAUUGGAAAUGACCUAAAUCCCUAUGAACAAGCAAUAUCGAUUAUUGGGAAAACUUUAUCUGCUUUUGAUGAGGAUAACUUGAUUCCUUGUUUUGGAUUUGGAGAUGCCUCAACACAUGAUCAAGAUGUUUUCAGUUUUGAGCGAGAUGCAAGGUUUUGCGAUGGAUUUGAGGAAGUGUUGAGGCAAUACAGAGAAAUAGUUCCACAUCUUCGACUUUCAGGACCCACAUCUUUUGCACCUGUAAUAGAAAUGGCUAUGAGUAUUGUUGAGGAAAGCAGAGGCCAGUACCAUGUGUUGCUGAUAAUUGCUGAUGGGCAGGUGACCAGAAGUGUUGAUACUCCACGUGGUCAACUUAGCACACAAGAGCAAAAGACCAUUGAUGCUAUUGUCAAAGCAAGUGAAUACUCCUUGUCAAUUAUCUUGGUUGGGGUAGGAGAUGGUCCAUGGGACAUGAUGAGGGAGUUUGACGAUAACAUCCCUGCUCGAGCCUUCGACAAUUUUCAGUUUGUGAAUUUUACGGAGAUUAUGUCGAAGAAUGUGGAUCCAUUGAGAAAACAGACAGAUUUUGCUCUCUCUGCAUUGAUGGAAAUACCUUCUCAAUAUAAAGCGACACUUGAAUUGAAUAUAUUAGGUCGACAGACAGGGCAUGCUCCAAACAGGGUUCCUCGUCCCCCACCUCUACGCAAUACAACUUCUCUCAGUAAUAGCUCAAAACCGUUCCACUCGAGCAGUUUUCAGCAGAGUACCUCUCUUUAUCCAGGAUAUGAUAUGGCAACUACCACUGCUCCAUCUUCAAGUUCUCUUCAUGAUAAUCAGGCUUGCCCUAUUUGUUUUACUAACCCAAAGAACAUGGCUUUUGGUUGUGGGCAUCAGACUUGCUUUGAUUGUGGAGAAGGCCUCAAAAUAUGUCCAAUCUGCCGAAUUCCAAUCAAAACCAGAAUAAAGCUCUAUUAAUAGGCUUUGCUGGAUAUCUCCGAGAUGUGUCGCCAAAACUAGUGUUUGGUUCGGCCGGUGGUGCAUUGAAAGGCCCUGAUCCAUAGGAAAGAGAAGGUUAGCUGUUGAAAAUUUUCUUGUAUUUAGACAUUUCUGUUUCCUUACUUUUACCGUUGGACUUCCAACGGCUUUAAUUUACUUGUUCUGGGAAAUUCAGGAUUGGUUUGUCUUUUUUGGCGCCACACAUUGUAAGAUGAUAGCAGUCCGAUAUUUGCCCUGGAUGUCUGUCAUAUAGGCUAGGGCUUCAUAUAAUGAACGUGACGAGAAUUCUUGCCAAGUUCAUAGAGAGUGGAGAUUGAAGGUCUGGUGUUACGUUUGGAGCCUAUGCUUUUUUUUAUGUGAUGCUUUUUACAGAACUGCUUGUUGAAGGAGAUCUUUGAGAGAUUGGGUUUUGUGAUGUCACAGUUAUGCUUGUUUGUGAAGUUUUGCUAUACACAUUCAAUUUUUUUUUUAAUGUCAAUUUAUUGUAUUGUUUGCACUUGGAAAGAGUAGAAAAUAAGGAGCAAGAUUGUAGUGUGGUCAGUUGUUUGUUUUAUGAUGUGUAUAUAUUUGUGAGAAUUUCCUUUGUAAGCAGGGAUUAUGAUCCAGAUUUUCAUCGUAUACUGGGCACUGUAUUUCCAUUAUUUUAUUUUGUUUUUAUGGUGAGAUAUCAAUGCAAAUAUAGUUCAAAAAA